AAUAAGCUUUUCCGCUCCGAUCACCGUCGGCCUCGUGCCUGCCCUAAAAUACAUACAUAAAAUAUAUAUAUAUUAUAUAUAUAAAUAGUUAUAGUAAAAGAGAUGUCAAUAAGAACACUAAACCCAAAUGCUGAAGUGUUAAACAAAUCAGGUGCACUUCAUAUGAAUAUUAAUGCUGCCAAAGGCUUACAAGAUGUUCUUAAAUCCAAUCUUGGCCCUGUAGGCACCAAUAAAAUGCUUGUUAGUGGAACUGGAGAUAUUAAAUUGACCAAAGAUGGCAAUACUUUAUUAAAAGAGAUGCAAAUUCAAAAUCCUACUGCAAUUAUGAUAGCAAGGACAGCUGUUGCACAAGAUGAUAUCAGUGGAGACGGGACAACAUCUACGGUCAUCUUCAUUGGUGAGCUUAUGAAGCAGUCUGAGCGCUAUAUUGAUGAAGGGAUGCAUCCACGUGUUCUGGUUGAUGGAUUUGAAAUUGCCAAAAGAGCAACACUGCAGUUUCUUGAAAAAUUUAAAACUCCUGUUGUGAUGGGUGAAGAACCAGACAAAGAGAUACUUGAGAUGGUUGCAAGGACAACGUUGAGAACAAAGUUGUAUGAAGCUUUGGCAGAUCAGUUGACUAAAAUAGUUGUAAAUGCGGUACUCUGUGUUCGCAAGCCAGAAGAACCUAUUGAUCUUUUUAUGGUCGAGAUUAUGCACAUGCGCCACAAAUUUGAUGUAGAUACUCGUCUGGUGGAGGGGCUUGUUCUUGACCAUGGGUCCAGGCAUCCAGAUAUGAAGAGGCGAGCAGAGAAUUGCUACAUAUUGACCUGCAAUGUAUCAUUGGAGUAUGAGAAAAGUGAAAUAAAUGCUGGAUUUUACUAUUCUAAUGCGGAACAAAGAGAAGCAAUGGUUGCAGCAGAAAGGCGCUCAGUUGAUGACAGAGUCAGAAAAAUAAUCGAGCUAAAAAAUAAGGUCUGCGCUGGAAGCGAUAAAAACUUUGUGGUUAUUAAUCAGAAAGGAAUUGACCCUCCAUCAUUGGAUCUUCUUGCUCGGGCAGGGAUUGUUGCCCUUAGAAGAGCCAAGAGGAGAAAUAUGGAACGUUUGGUUUUGGCUUGCGGUGGGGAGGCAGUCAACUCUGUAGAUGACUUGACUCCUGAUUCCCUGGGAUGGGCUGGACUGGUCCAUGAGCAUGUUCUUGGAGAAGAGAAGUAUACCUUUAUUGAAGAAGUAAAGCAUCCUCACUCCUGCACGAUUCUAAUUAAAGGACCAAAUGACCAUAUAAUAGCCCAAAUCAAGGAUGCUGUUAGAGAUGGCCUACGAUCUGUCAAAAAUACCAUUGAAGAUGAAGCAGUUGUACUAGGUGCCGGGGCUUUUGAGGUUGCUGCUCGACAGCACUUGAUUAAUGAAGUGAAGAAAUCUGUUAAAGGGCGUGCUCAGCUCGGUAUUCAAGCUUUUGCUGAUGCUCUUCUUGUUGUGCCUAAGACACUUGCUGACAACUCGGGGCUUGACACUCAAGAUGUCAUUAUUUCAUUGACGGGAGAGCAUGACAAUGGUAACGUUGUGGGACUAAAUCAACACUCAGGAGAGCCAAUUGACCCCCAAAUGGAGGGUAUUUUUGACAAUUAUGCUGUAAAGCGCCAAAUCUUAAACUCAGGCCCGGUAAUUGCAUCUCAGCUGCUACUCGUGGAUGAAGUGAUUCGUGCAGGUCGCAACAUGAGAAAGCUGACUUAAGCUUCUCAUGAAUAUUCUUCAGCCUACAUUUGCAGGCAAACAAUGGUUUUGGAUGCGGAUAUUUACAAUUGUAAAGCAAGCUUCAUAAUAUGGUUUGCAAGAAUUUUCUGGAUCUUUACAUGAAGCUGUUAACUCAAUAAAUGAACUUUAUAUUGAUGUUAUCAUUUCACUUGCCGUGAGCUUUAUACUUGGGUAAAAUGUUACUCCGGUUAAUUUUAUCACUUUUCUAGUGGUUUUUAUGUGUUACAUUUGAGGUUGAUGUUUUAUCUUUGUUCUUUUCUCGUCUCUUAAUUGUAAAAGAAAUGUUUUUGAGAAACGGUCAUUUACACUACCAAGCCAUGAAAGAUUUAAAA